GAAACUGGUGUAGUGCAGUGAGAUGAAACAUGAAAAGGAUGGAUUACUUCGUACUUGGUGCGCACUUAUAGGUACUCCGGUUGGAACCUACUAACAUACACCGGUGCAGUGAGAUGGAAAACGUUAUUAGAGAUUAACACUUUACACCUUAUCAAUUCACCUAGAUUUUUGCCUUACAGAAAUACAUACAGAAUAGAUUAAAAAAUCGAAAACACAAGCGAAGUCGUGGGACCCUGGUACAUUCAUCUAGUGAGUGGUGGUCAUAAUGUAUUAAUAAUAAUAUUAUACUUUAAAUUGGCCUCACGUCUAACGUCUUAUAUAUACGAUAGUAAAUUAAUAAUUAUAAAUAUUGACCUAUGACGACGUCCACGGUCGCCACUCGCUGGUCAAUGUCGAACAAAAAUAUUAGCGUUUACAUGUUUCUCCGCCUUCCCACACACUCCCCGUCACCCGGAACCCCGCCAUCAAACACUCGAAGACUGGCACGAAGUUGGACGUCAAUAAUACCAUUAUACCUAAACAUGUAUUGUAUUAUAUUGUAAUCAGUAUCGAAAAGUACGUGUUUUGUUUUUUUUCGAGUGAUCUCCGCAUUUCCACAAGUCUGUUUUAAGACUUCAAACGCUUCAUUGACGAUGAAACUCUUUUUAACCGGUGCGUCGGGCCUGUUGGGCAGGUCUAUAUACGAACGUUUUCUGAAUGAACCGGAUUGGACUGUGUGCGGGAUCUCGUUCAAAAGGACGAGUCCGGGGUUGACAAAAUUGAACCUGCUCGAUAAAGACGCAGUUACUAAUCUCCUUAAUACGGUUUGUCCUGAUGUUAUUGUUCACUGUGCUGCUGAACGGUUUCCAGAUAAAGUAGAAAGUGAUCCUCAGGCUGCUUAUGAUCUGAAUGUUGGAGUAUCAGCUCAUUUAGCUGAUGUAGCAAAUCAACUCAAUGUGCCAUUGUUGUAUAUCAGUACAGAUUAUGUGUUUAAUGGAGAUGAAAGUCCUUACAAAGAAACUGACGAACCUUCGCCCAUAAAUGAAUAUGGAAGGUUGAAGUUGCUUGGUGAAAAAGCAGUUCUGGCUGCUAAUCGAAAUAAUAUCAUUCUCCGUAUUCCAGUACUAUAUGGACCUGUUGAAAGUUUAGAAGAAAGUGCAAUUACUUAUUUGUUCAUGGGAUUGAAAAAGUGUCAAAACAAUAAUGAAGUAUUUAAGGUCUCUAACUAUGAACUUCGAAAUCCAUCAAGUGUUCAUGAUAUAGCACACAUUGUGUUUAAUUUACUGGCAAAAAAAAUUGCAUCUAGUAAUGACAUCAGUGGUAUUUAUCAAUGGUGUGGAAAAGAGAUGUAUACAAAGUAUGAUAUGGUGGGUAAAAUGGCUAAGAUUUUUAACAUUAGUAUGAAGCAAGUAGUACCAGUAAAUGGACAAGGUGGAGUGAAACGUCCAUUUAAUACUUUAUUAGAUGUUUCACGCAUUAAUCAAUUAGGAAUUGGAACACAUACUAAUUUUGAAGAUGGAAUAAAAACUGCAUUAGCCAGUUGGAUUGUUAAGUAGUUGUUUUUAAGUGAAAAAAUGUUCAUAUAUUUUGUUCAUGUUAUAAUAAAAUGCAUUUAAUUUGUAUACAAAUAUAUAAACUACUUAAUUUAUCA